AUGGAUUAAUUACAAGAAGGUGAUUAUGUGACAAUAUUGAAAGAUCCAAUAAAAAAUGAAAAAGGAUUCAUUAAAUAUGUUGGAGAAUUAGAGGGUAGAUCUGGUACAUUUUAUGGAAUUCAUUUGGAUGUAAUUUGAAUUAAAUAAUUAUAGAAUAAACUUGGUACUCAUAAUGGUACAUUAUAAGGAAAGGAAUAUUUCAAUUGUCCAGAUGGUCAUGGAUUGUUCAUUACAGGAAAUCAUUUAAAAAAAGCGAGUAUUGUGAGAGAUGCAAAUAAGUAAUUAAAUUAAUAAUAAUAAUUAGAAAAACUACAAAAGUGACAAAGGAUGAGCCUAAAUAAUAAAAAUUAAAGACAAGUGCUAGUACUGCUGCAGUUGUUUAAAAAUCAUAAACAUAAGCAUAAACUUAAUAAGGAGGGAAUUAAACUACAAAGUAAACAACUCUUAAAAGAAAUGAGUCAAAAAAGGAGACUGUAGUAAAAAGAACAGUUGAAGAAUAAAUAGAAGAGAGAUUGCCAACUAUAGAAGCAGAAGAUAUUUAGGAUGUAAAAAAAAUAAAAAAUUUUAGCCACAAUAAUUAAUUAAGCAAUAAUAAGAACCUGAACCUUAAUUUUUAGAUCAUUAAUAAGAAUUAGAUAGUGUUAAAUAGUAAUUAAAUGCUUUAAAAAUUGUUGCAAAUGAUUACAAGUUAGAAAAUAAAUCAUUGAAAAAGAAAGUAGACUAAUUAGAAUAAGAAAUAACAGAAUAAUUGGAAGAUUUAGAUUCUUAUGAAAAAUUAAUUAUGGAAUGUGAAUAGUUAAAAUCUGAUAAAGAUAUUCUAACUUUAAAAUUUUAAGAGUAAGAAGCCACAAUAUAAUAAUUACAAUAAUAGGUAAGUUAAUUACAAUUUGAAAAAGAAUUAGCAGAUUUAGAAAUUGAAGAAGCAUUAGUUACUUGUGGAGCUAAUCUUUAAGUAGGUACUUAAGAAUCAAGUGAAGUUGCACUUAAAAAUACAUAAUUGUAAAAAGCUUUGGGUUAAUUGAAAUAAGAAUAUGAUGAUUAUAAACAAUAGAAAAUAAUUGAAAUUUAAUAAUAUUAAAUUAGAUUGGAAGCAAUACCAUCAUUAAAUGAAAAGGCUAUGAAAUGUACAAAAUUAGAAAGUUAAGUAAAAAAGUUAACAGAAGAGAAUUAAGAAUUAUGUUAAAGAGUUGAUGAAGGAUAGGCAUUAUAAGAUAUGAUAGAGAAAAUGACAGAAACAUUGAUGAAAAAAGAUGAUAUUAUUGAAGAAUUAAGAAAUUAAGUUAAAACAAUAAAUGAUGAAAAAAAAUUAGAUUAAGAAUUAAUUUAAACUUUAUUAGAUGAAAGUAGUUCUUUAGAAAAAACAUUGAAUGAUAUGUAAUUUAAAUUAGAUUAAGCUAAUGCUUAAAUUAAUAAUAAUUCAAAUGAUAUAUAAGAGAAAGAUUUACAAAUAUAAAGAUUAAAAGCAAAAGUAGCUCAAUUAAAUAAAUAAUUUGAUCAAUAAAGAUUAGAAGAGGAUACUAAUUAAAAUGAGAACUUAAAAAAAACAUUAGUAGAUGAAAUAAAUCUUAAAAAUUAGGAGUUGUUAUUAUAAUAAAGAGAUACCUAUAAAAAGUAUAUGAAAGUUGCAUUAAAUAAUAUUGAAAUAAGAAAUCAAAUAGCAUUAAAAGGAAUUAUUAUUUAUAAAUCAUUACCAUAAGAUUAUUGUACAAAACUAAAAUUCAACCUCUUAGAGCCUAUUAUUUUAGUAAGAAAAUUAAGUGAAAAGUCAAUGUUAGUAGCAGAUGAAUUUUUAUAACAAUUAGAAAAUCGAAGUGAUAAAUUAAUAAGAGAAGAAUUGUAAGAUUUAGGAUUUUGGAUGUUAAAUGCUCAUAAAUCACUUUCUUAAUUGAGUGAUUUAUGUAAUAUAUUUACAAUAUAUUUAUAAAAUUAAACAGACAGAGAAUCAUUAGAGAAAGUUGCUAGAAAUGGAAUACUUUUGAAUUAAUUUAAAAUUGCUGAUACUUUAGUUGAUAUGAUUAUAUAAUGUGUGCAAAAUGAAAAAAUUAGCACAUAACUUUCAUUAUCAGAAUUACAAUUUGCAAUUUAAAGAAUCAAUGAUGAUUUAAGUAAUCUUGAGAUUCAAGAAGGAGCAGUAAUUGAAUCCUUACUAAAUCAAAUAGUAUAAAAAUAUAGUUAUUCAAUCUUUAAUUUUAAAGUAAUCAUUAAUUAAUAAACUACUUCAAUUCUUCAACAGAUAACUGUUGAUUAAUUAAUUGAUACUUUAAUAUAGAGAUGUAAGGAACUAUCAAAAUAACUACGUUAUGGUAGAUAAUGUUGGGGAGGAUAUUUUAGCAGAAAAAAUGAUAGAUUCACAGAGUUAAUAAAUUAUUUAUAAUAGUUAUUAUAGUAAGAUUUGAAUAAGUUAGAAUUAGAUUAAUAUAAAUCAUAUAUAUCAUGUUAAGGAGAAUCUGUAUCAUAAUCCUAUAGAGAUAGAUGUGUAUCUAUUGUCCAUUUAUUAAAUUAAAUUAAUUAAUAAUUUGAUGAAUAGAAUAUAAACGAAGAAUUUUUAUCAAAUAAGCCUACUUAACAUUCUUAUGCAUAAACAUCUCUUUGGGCUUAAUGGUAAAAGGAACUAAAAUCUUAAUUAUCUGAUAUUUCAUAUACAAUUGAAUCUGAAAAGAGACUGAAAGAUGAGUUAUAGAAGUUAUAAUAAGAGAAAUCUCAAAUGUAUUCUGAUUGUGUUGCAUUACGUAAAAAUAAAGAAGCUUUAGAAAAUAGAGUUGUAGAUUUAUAAAUCAAAGCUGAUAGAGUACAAGUUCUUGAAAAUGAAAAACAAAGACAUUUGGAGAAAAUUAGAGGAUUUAAUGAAGCAUCAGAAUUAACAAGGAAAGAAAUUGAUAAUUUAGAAAACAAAUUGAAAGAAAGUGAAGAGAUAAAGAAAUAAUUAGAAGAACAAAUUACUUUAUAUUAAUAGUAAUAACCUAAAAACACUUUCUUAGAUUAACUUCAAGGUCGAAAUUAUAGAAAAAGUGGUACUAUGAUGUUAAUUUAAUCAUCAAAUAACCUAGAUUCAGAGAAUAAUUUUAAUAAUCUAUAAGAAUUGACAAUCAAUAAAGGAAUUGAGGCAGUUUUACUGAAAGAGAAUCAACAAUUAAAACUAUAUAAACUAAGAGAUGAAAUAAUUUCAAUAACUUCAUCAAAUGAAUAAUCUUAAAUAGAUGAGAAGUUAUUAUAAAUUAGAAAAUUAAAAAUGAAAUAAUUAAGAAGUAUGGCAUUGAAUGAAAAAUUUGAUGCUAGAAACUAAGCAACAAGAUUUUAUGUCAAGUAAAGUGGAAUUAAAAUUACAAAUACAGUCUUGAUGGAUACUUUAUAGGCAAUUAUUGCAGUUUGAAAAUUAU